UGUGCGCGUCGGCGGCCGCCGCGCUCGGUCCGCGCCGGGACGCGCUCGGUGCGGCCGCGGUUUCUGUGCAAUCCCCUGCUUCUGGUGCCCGAAUCCCUUCGUCUGGAGCGUCAGCAGCGUGUGGAGCCCGCCCCACACACCCCAUCCCUGCCAAACCACGGCCUUUACCUGCGUGUUCCGCUGCUUCCCGUGCGACCCCUCCUGCGGGAGCGCCUCCUGGGCCACCCCCGACUUCAGCCAGCGCUCCGUGGCUCCAAUGGUGAAGAUGACAAGGUCCAAGACUUUCCAGGCAUACCUGCCUUCCUGCCACAGGACCUACAGCUGCAUCCACUGCAGGGCUCACCUGGCCAACCACGAUGAGCUCAUCUCCAAGUCCUUCCAGGGCAGCCAAGGACGAGCUUACCUCUUCAACUCCGUAGUGAACGUGGGCUGUGGCCCUGCGGAGGAGCGGGUGUUGUUAACAGGACUGCACGCCGUGGCAGAUAUUUACUGUGAAAACUGCAAAACCACGCUGGGCUGGAAAUAUGAACACGCUUUUGAAAGCAGCCAGAAGUAUAAAGAAGGCAAAUACAUCAUUGAACUAGCUCACAUGAUCAAGGACAACGGCUGGGACUGAGCAGAGCCAGCCCUGCAGUGCCAGAGAUGCCAUCCAGCCCAACAUUGUACCCAAGAGUGAGAGAGUGACUGAACGCUUGGUUCCAUGCAUUUAGAGGCUCUGCAACCCGGGAGCAUCUUCACACCCUUCUCCAUCUUUAUUGGUGACUGGCCUCUAAAUUUCUGUCUCUCUGUCUCUUUGCUUUGUAUCUGUCUGUGAGUUGACCCUGGCUGCUUCUCUCUCUGUUGUGUUGGCUCGGAGAAUGCACCGAAUGCCCGACAGCCAUUCCACGUGCCCAGAGCUCCACCCGGCCUGGCCUGGGCUCCCCUGGCACCUCCCCGAGGUGCCAACCCCGAGGUUGGGCAGGAGAAGGUGGGACAGGGGUGGGGAACCAUCAGAGGGUGAUGCUGUGCUGCUCCUUUCAGUCCUGGGUAAGCGAGGCUUGAAACCAUCUCCUUGUGUAAAUGGACGGAGAAAUACCUGCUUGUGUAAAUGGAUACAGAAAUAUCCACUUGUCUGAAUGGAUAGAGAAAUAUCCACUUGUCUAAGGAGGACACGGGAAUAUCUCCUUGUGUGGAAGGACAGAAUUACCUCAUGGCUGUGUUUUCUCUCUGAAUCCAU